AUGGCUUUCGGUAGUUUCGACUCGAUUUGCUCGAAGACCCCGUUUCCGCUCUGCUCGGUGCUAGGUUCCGUCGACCCCGAGUCGUCAUUCACCAGGGGAAUUCUUCCAGAAUGCUACGGCCGGUCCGUGGAGCUCGCUAAUACCAUGAUUUUCCAGAUCGGAAACGCCUUUGUUCAUUUUGGCGGCCUUAUCAUCUUGUUAAUCAUCAUAUUCAACGUCAGAUCGAAGUACACUGCCAUCGGAAGGUCGGAAAUGCUUACAUUUUUUUAUCUUUUCAUUGGACUUAUCGUGUCGUCGUUGGUGGUAGAUUGCGGUGUUUCACCUCCUUCGUCGUCGAGUUAUGCAUAUUUUGUUGCACUCCAGCUUGGUAUUUCGUCAGCGUUGUGUAUCUGUCUUUUGUACAACGGUAUUCUUUGUUUCCAGUUCUGGGAAGAUGGCAGCAAAAAAUCGUUGUGGACGCUCAGAGGGUUGUGCUUCGUGUGGUUUUUGGUCAACUUUGUGGUAUGCCUCGUCACAUUUAAGGGCUGGAAUACGUCGCUCGACAACCGCAAAACCACCACCAUGUUCGUCAUCACCUUCAUACUUAACGCGGUAAUCUUGGCAGCGUACGUGGUAUCGCAAAUCGUUCUCGUGGUGUUCGCACUCGACUCAUACUGGCCUCUCGGCGCAAUUCUUCUUGGGGUUUUCUUCUUCGUGGCAGGCCAAAUUCUCUGCUACGUGUUCUCCGACACCAUUUGCAAAGGUGCCUCGCAUUACGUCGACGGACUCUUUUUCGCCAGUUUGUGUAAUGUCUCCACUGUAAUGAUGAUCUACAAAUUUUGGGACAUGAUCACCACCGACGACCUUGAGUUCUCUGUUGCCAAUGUGGAGCAGGGAGUGUCUGCGUUUGCUGACGAAAAACGAUCCAGCACUUUCUUUUCCUGA